AUGAAUAAUAACAGAGAUACCUGGGACGACGAUGUUGUGGUCGACUUGAAGAAAUCCCUCGCGCUGACGUUGCCGCACCAGGGGAGCUCGUAUAAGGUGGACCUCAAAACUAUGUUGGUGCUGUCGCUACAGCAAGAAGACCCGCGCGCGCUGCUGACGCUACUCGCCAUGUUGUGUGCCAACCUGUCCUCCAACAAAGAAAUAAGUACACAGCGAGCGAUAAUACGCGUCGCUCGUGCGUUGGCGAGCGCACACGCUACGGGCGGCGGCGACUACGCCGCGCACAUACAACACGCGGUGCGCCUGUGUGACGCAGCCGGCGUGGAUUUAUUGCAGUACAUAAGCAGCAGCAAGUCGUGCGGGGCUCGCAAGCUGUUGGCCGCAGCCCUAGCCACGAUAUGCGAGGAGCCCGACGUGCUGCAGAGGGUCGCGGAGCGCGCCACCGUCAUGCUAGCUAGCUCUGAAUCCACGACCAAACGUGCCGGCCUCGACAUCGCCGAGACCAUACUUACGUCGCUACAGAACAAUCACGCUCUAAGCAAAACCAUUCUGCCCGAACUUGUCACAUUUAUAGCAUCAACUUACGAAAGCGACACGAAAACUAUAUUCAAAAUCGCUUCUAAAGCAUUCAUAGACAAAAAACAACUUUUCGAUAGAGAGACAAUCAGAAAAACAAUAUUUAACCUUCUGGAUAACGUUUUGAAAAACAAUUCAUCCGAUGUCAAAGUUUAUAAAGACACUGUGAAACUGACAAUUGAAUUUGUCAAGAAUUUACGAGAUGUCAAAUUGGAUGAAUUGUUACAUGUUGUUUUUGACAUUAGUAAAAAUGAUGUCAAUGUCAAAACGCUGUAUGUGUUGGCAGUUACGAAGAGUGAGUUUGAUUUUGACAGUGACAUGUCAAGGAAGAUUUUAGGAAGGGAGGAUUGUGUUUUAUUAAAUUGUUUGCUGGGUUUGACUAUCGAUCAAAACGACGUCUUCAAAAUGGAGGCGAUCUUGAAAUUUUUAGAGGAAUAUUCUGAAGGCGUUUUGGAACUGAAAUAUAUGGAAACAAUAAAAUUAAUAUCAGAUAUAAACACAAACUUCACACCAAUAUUAGUCAAAGAACUGCAUAAAAACAUCAAACUAUGUUUUACAUCUCUGAAAAAACACUGGAAAAACACUCCAAAGACAAUAAUCACCAGCAUUCACACCUGGCUGAACAUGCUGCCAAUUAAAAAAAUAACCGAAUCCAUAGAGCAUGAGCUCUUCACAACGGAACAUCACUUACACAUACAAGCUUUUAACAUAAUGUCAAACAUAUUUGACGUGUCUGAACUCAUUUCACCAGAUGUCAAAGUGGAAAUGUCAAAAUGGCCAAAAUUUCUAAUGAAAUUAUACGCGUCUGGCAGAUUAGAAGAAUAUUUCUACGAAGAAAUGUCAUAUUUUACUGACAUGAUCACAGUCAGUUUAAAGUUUUUGACGACGGAAGAUGUCAAGAAGAUUUUGAAAGGGGAGAAGUCCAAAAAUGGCAUAAGAUUUGGGGCAUUUUUUAUUGAAGGGUUUUUUGAAGUGUUGACUCAGAAACCUUUUGUAUUGUUGGAAGAUGAAUUAAAAGAAUGUAGCGUUCUUUUGAAUGAUAUAGUAAGGUUGACUGUGAAGAAAAAUUUCAAAGAACGAUAUGGAAAUGCGCUGGAAUUGGUGGAUAAGCUCUGGCCGACGUACGAACAGCACGCGACCUUCGUCCAAAAGCACUGUCUCCUAGCCAACCUACAGUGCCUCGGACCGGGGCCGGAAUCGAACCCACUACAAUGGGCGACACGGGUCGUAUGUUCGCAAGAUGCGUCGCUCGACCAGAGGACCAAGCUUCUGUGUUUCUUACCGGAGGAGGCAUUUAAGGUACCGGAGGUCCCGGCGGCGGUGUUGUCGUGGUUCCCGGCGCGGCUGCGGGAGCUCCGGCCCGCGCUGCUGGAGGCGGCUGCGGCGCGCCCUGGCGCGUUGCUGCCGACUGUCGCCGCUCUUGCAGGCAACGACACAAGCACGGGCUGGUGGGACUCGGCCUUAGAGUCCUGCGUAACCGCUUCAGCUAAACGGAACAACCUGGACUUGUGUGGAACACUGUUCCAGAAGUGCCAUAGCGAGAGGGCCUGCGAGCGCGUUUUAGUUCCAUUGCUGAGGUAA